AACCUCGGGCGUCUCCCGAGGACCUGGGAAGCAUCCGAUUUAUACUAGGCCGAGUAGUGGGCCAGCCCAUCGAAGCGUUAUCUCAUAAGAUAGAUUUUUGUAUGGCUUGGGAUUAUCGGGAAGCUCAUGAAAUGGGCAGAGUGGCAGAUGCCUGGUCCAAGCACGGUCAUGUCAUCGAGCAAAGAUACCAUGAUGAGGGGUCGUCCAACAAGGUCACCAAGAAGAGGAAGCUGAGAAGGCUUGUGAAGGCGUCCGAUGCGGGUGCCAAGGCCAAGAAGAAGAAGACUCCCACUCUCGAGGGAGUAGAAAAGCCGAUCGAGGGGCAAGUCCCGGUCGAGAUGGAGGGGAAAGAAGAUGACGAUCGAUUGACUACUACCAUGGUUAGCAUCCUCAUGCGAGAAAAGAUGCUGAAGCGGGAGAUUGCUAGCUUGCAGGCCGAAAAGGGGUUCCUCGAACAGGAGAGGCAGUUGAGUGAGGCAUCGAGGAAGGAGGAACAGUCUCUGAGGCUGGCUAGGGAACAAGAGCUGGCCAAUGUGCAGGCCAUGUAUAAGGAAGUCGAGGCCAAGUUGUCAGAAUACAGCGAAACUCACGUUCCCAGAUCAGAUUUACAGGCCUGGAUUUCUGCUUUUUGGGCAAGAAUGGUGCCCACGGGUGGACUGGCGAGCAUCCUGGUGGGCAUCAGCAAUGAUGCCAAGGCGCUAGGAGGACACGGUGUAGCGGUGGCUGCCCUCGAGAGGAUGGAGAGCGGGAGGACCAUCAACGCCGGGUGGCUUCAACAAUUUAUAAGGCCACAUCCUAAGAAGACACUCCAUGAGGCUCUCAAGAAGGGGUUGCAGCAACUUUCUGACGGCCAGCUCCCUCUGUUUGGACCACUUUGCAGCGCUGUUUCUCAAAUGAGGUCUUCGAUGGAGAUAGCCUCCUUCGAGGGUAACGCUCUCUCAGUGUUUCCUGACGAUGCUGGGUAUGAGGUUCGCGUUCUGGAGCUGGCCCCCGACUUCAUCGGCGUCGAGGUGGAGUGGGAAGAAGAUUCCUCGGAGCAGGUCGAGGAAGAUGAUAAGAAUAGCCAGGAGCCGGUGGAGGGAGGGACGUCGGGUUCUCCGCCCGUCGAGGAAACCAACGAGAGUCAGCCGAGCUAG